UCCGCGAUGAAAAGUCGGUGAAAGUUGAUUAGAAGUGGAUACACGCCAUGCCGCUUGAAAAAUAAGUCGUAUGCCAUCCGCUACACUGCUGCUUAAUAUCCAUUUGAUACGAUUUGCCGCUGUGAAACCAUCAGGGAGCUAGGAGAGGAAACAGCUGUCAGUACCUGGUCAGUACAGAUGUGGGAGCUGUCAGCGUGCGCCCGCGUCCUGUCGGGAAAUAGAAUACAAUAAAAACGUAACAAUGCGGAAACUCACCAUGUUAUCACCAGAGUCCGGAGCAGACCGCAGGCAUCCUCCACAUUUCAACUUUGGACAAUGGCUUUUCAUCAGCAGUCCCCUUUUUAUAACCCGAGAAUCCCCUUCACUGGAGCAAUCCAUGGUGGUCUGCAGGAGGGGAAGACGAUUACCAUCAGUGGACGAGUCCUGCCCGGAGCAGACAGGUUCAAUGUGAAUUUACAGUGUGGUUCCAGGAUCGAUGCGGACAUUGCGCUCCAUAUUAAUCCCCGGUAUGACACUGACUCUUGUGUGGUUACCAACACCCUCCACAAUGGCAGCUGGGGCGCUGAAGAGAGGAAGAAAAACUCUAUGCUCCUCGCUGGCUCUCCCUUCAAUCUGCUCAUCACAGUCGGCCGUGAUUCCUUCCAGCUGAAUGUCAAUGGCAGGCACUUCAUGGACUACAGACAUCGUAUUGCAUUUCAGCAGGUGGACACCAUCGGAGUAGGUGGGAAAGUAGAAAUUUCCUCCAUUGCCUUCCAGCACUCUACGUUCCCUGGACACAUGGUAUUUCCUGCUCAGCCUGCAUAUCCUACACAUGUAGCCUAUCCCCCCCAGGCUGCCUUCCCUUCUGGUCCGGCGUUUCCACCUCAGCCUGGAUUCCCCUCGCGGCCAAGCCUUACUCCUGCAAAGCUUGCCCUUCCAUACAGGAGAGCCAUCAAAGGUGGACUCAGACCUGGCAUGACCAUCACUAUCCAGGGGACUGUUCACCCCAGAGCCACACGGUUCCAUGUGAAUCUUAGCUAUCACUCUGGCAUCGCUUUGCACUACAAUCCACGUUUCAGUGAGAAUGCUGUGGUUCGAAACACCAAGCAGGGGGAAAAUUGGGGCACUGAGGAGCGCGAUGGAGGGAUGCCCUUCCACAAGGGACAGCCUUUCACGUUGACCAUGUGUUGUGAGAAUCGCUCCUUCAGGAUCAUGGUCAAUGGGAUCCAAGUACACACUUACAACCACCGUUUGGCUCCGCGCGGACACAUAUCCACUCUGGAGAUUGAAGGUGACAUCAGUCUGACCUCUGUGAUGGUGUAGAGAACCCCGAUCUGUGGCUGGCAACUCAACAUCUUACCCACACAAAACCUUAACCUAUUGCAUUCAUCAUGGAAUUCAUUCUAAUUGAUUACCUGGGUAUUAACUAGAUAUUGCAUUUUUACUUCCUGCUUUUUCAAACACAAAUAAUCAUACUCUCAUUUUCGUAUUAUUAUUGUCUAUACAUUUCCUGAACACACAGCAACAAAUUACUAUAUAUAUAUAUAUAUAUAUAUAUAUAUAUAUAUAUAUUAAAACAUUUACUCUGUCAUUUACUGAUAUCAGACUGAAUUCAGCUAAGAAAGGGAACUGGUCAGUGGGUUUCUUUAAGUAAAUAAUUCAAUGUUGUAAAGUUCAAUUACUUCUUAACUGUGAAAUCAUGAAUGCUUUGUGACACUGAUAUUAAAGUUAAAUGUAACAACUGCUGUUAUGAUCUGAUGCAUCGAUAUGAAAAUACUUUAUUAAAAAAACAUUCGCCACAGUGAGGUGAUCGAUGACUGCAGGGAGGUCUAGCUGAGGCAAUAUUAUACAAUAUGCAGCAUGCUAACAUUGUAUGACGUGCUUUUUCUUGCUUAUAGAGCAGCUGCCAGCUGUGUUAAGGCUCAUCCACCUGCCCUCAUAACACCAAAUGUGCGCUUUACCACGGUGCUCAUAUAACGCUUGUUGUAUGAACCCUUCUGUCUUGUCUGCGGUUGUCCAGUGCUAAUUUGAGGGAAGUUUAAAGAUAUGAUCUGACAAUAGUUUGCAUGGCGACAAUCAACAACUGACAUGUAGCCAACAACUCUGUGCGCAACUGUGCAAUAUGCAUGCCAAGUGCCAAAGAUGUGCAAUCCCCUGGCCAUUGCGCAACAACGUUUACCAUGUACAUGAAUACAUGUAGAAUUAUAUAUUUUAAUUCGAAUUGCAGUAUUCAGCUAAGAAAGGGAACUUGUCAGGGAGUUUCUUUAAAUAAAUAAUUCAAUGUUGUAAAUUUCAAUUACUUAACUGUGAAAUCACUAAUGCUUUGUGACAAAAUGAAAUUAAAGUUAACUGUAGCAAAUUA